UUUUGCGAUAUCAACCAAAACCAAAUGUGAAGUGAGCAAGCCUAGCCUAUGCCUAACCUUGCUUGUCUUGGUUUAUGCAUGAAUGGCUCAUUUACUGGCGAGCAACCCCAAUGCUUCACAGAAACUUACCUUCUCAAACUUGGGGUAUUAUGGUGUUAGAAGAGGAUCCAGAACCAAAGGUUCGUGUUACAGAGUGGGAAGGAAAAGGCGAGGUGGUUUGGUGUUGCAAUGCAGCAGCACAACUGAUCAGGAUGUGAGGUUGCAGAUUGAGAGUGGUAGCAUCGGAAAGCUUAAGCAGCAUUUUGAAUAUUUGGUGUGUGAAUAUGGGUGGAGAGUAAGAAGACUAUUUGAAAACGCAGAUGAGAUAAAGAAGGCAUCUCAUGUUCAGGCCGAAGCAUUCCAUGUUCCUGUCUCUCUUUUCAACGAAUUGUUCUUCCAAUUCUUUCAGGCGGAAGUGCUUUCGGGGCUUCUUUACAAGCUUAAAAACUCACCUCCUAAUAGGUAUGCUUGUUUGGUAGCUGAGCCAGCAAUAAACGAUCCAGAUUCACCAAAACAACUUGUAGGUGUCAUAGAUGUCACUGUCUUACGAGACCAGAACGUGCUCCAGCAUCUUCCUCCCGAAGCUGAAGAGUACCUUUACAUAUCAGGAAUAGCCGUCUCCAAAACUUUCAGGAGGAAGAAAAUAGCGACCGCACUGUUAAAAGCCUGUGAAAUGCUUUCCAUUUUGUGGGGUUUUGAGUUUCUUGCCCUCCGAGCUUAUGAAGAAGAUCUAGGUGCUCGCAAAUUGUACGCAAAUGCUGGGUACCAAGUUGUGUCUCGAGAUCCUCCAUGGACAAGUAAUUGGAUUGGAAGGAAAUGUCGUGUUCUUAUGAUCAAAAGAACUAGUUUGCCCAAAUAGCUUAAUUUAGAAUUCUCAAGGCAUCUAAGCAAAAUAACAGAAGCAGCAAAUGUAUUCUAGCUAGGUAUAUAGCAUGAUUUGUUCAUUAUUUCCCACUCACAAUCCUUCAUUGCCCCGUCCCAAAUACCCUUUCGAUUAUUUUGACACUCCCUUGCUUCCUGUGUAUCUCACUGAUUUUCAAAUCUAAUCACAAAUUAAAUCUACAAAACCCACAUGUCCCCAUUGAUAGUCGAUCAACAAAGACCACUUGUAAAUUUUGAAUUUCAAACAAAAAAUAUAUCUUGAUCUAUUUUAUUGCUUUCAAG